UCGGGGCAUUUAGACAGGCUCCCUGCCUUCAAAGUAACUGGGUCCUUAUCAGUUGGCUUCCAACAGCGCCGAGGCGCGCGACCAGCAGGAGAAGCUCUCCUGCGCAAGCCUCCUGAGCACAUUUGAGAAAAAUUCCCGGUGGAUGCUGGCCCCUGGACUGGAUUUAUCAAGCAGCUGCUAAGAGGGGGCCCGGGGCUUUACAAUGCAAUCAAAUUUAAGCCUACUCAGAAGUAAGCCCCUCCGAGUUCAGUGGGGCUUACUCCCAGAGCAAUUCGUGGAGAAGUCGUCUUGCUCCCAAACGCUCGGCGACCUGCCCGCUUUGGAAACGCCGCCGGGGGAUUUCGGCAGCGCCAGCCCCUCUUCCCUGUGCACCGAGCCCCUCAUUCCCACCACCCCCAUCAUCCCCAGCGAGGAGAUGGCCAAGAUCUCCUGCAGCCUGGAGACCAAGGACCUCUGGGACAAAUUCCACGACCUGGGCACCGAGAUGAUCAUCACCAAAUCGGGAAGAAGAAUGUUUCCGACCAUUAGGGUUUCCUUUUCGGGCGUGGACCCGGAAGCCAAGUUCAUUGUGCUGAUGGAUAUCGUUCCAGUGGACAAUAAGCGGUACCGAUAUGCCUACCACAGGUCCUCCUGGCUGGUUGCUGGCAAAGCAGACCCUCCUCUGCCUGCAAGACUGUACGUGCACCCGGAUUCUCCGUUCACGGGGGAACAAUUGCUGAAGCAGAUGGUGUCCUUUGAAAAAGUGAAGUUAACAAACAACGAGCUGGAUCAGCACGGUCACAUAAUCUUAAAUUCAAUGCACAAAUACCAGCCUAGGGUGCACAUCAUCAAGAAGAAGGACCAUACAGCUUCCUUGCUUAACCUGAAGUCUGAAGAAUUCAGGACAUUUAUAUUUCCAGAGACUGUGUUUACUGCUGUCACUGCCUACCAGAACCAAUUGAUAACCAAGCUGAAGAUUGACAGCAACCCUUUUGCUAAAGGAUUCAGGGACUCAUCUAGACUCACUGAUAUUGAGAGAGAAAGCGUAGAAAGCCUUAUUCAAAAGCAUUCCUAUGCACGAUCCCCCAUCAGAACCUACGGCGCAGAGGAUGAAGUUCUGGGAGACGAGAACCAAGCAGCCCAAAGCAGAGGAUCAGCUUUCACCACUUCUGACAACCUGCCCCUCAGUUCCUGGGUCUCGUCGACAUCAAGUUUCCCGGGAUUCCAACACCCGCAGUCCUUGACCGCUCUUGGUUCCGGUGCUGCGUCCAUAGCCACGCCGAUUCCUCACCCGAUCCAAGGCUCCCUGCCCCCAUACAGCCGCCUGGGGAUGCCUCUAACCCAUUCUGCCAUUGCCAGCUCGAUGCAGGGCAGUGGCCCGACGUUCCCUUCUUUCCACAUGCCCAGGUACCACCACUACUUUCAGCAGGGUCCUUAUGCAGCGAUCCAGGGACUGCGCCACUCCUCUGCGGUGAUGACCCCUUUCGUAUGACUGACCUAAGGCGAGAGAAGCCAAGACUUGGCAGGCAAACCAGCCUGGGCCUGUUGGGAAGGCCCAGGGCGAAACGACUAAGAAAACCAGCUUGCAUAAAGGCAUUGUGGAGUUAGAUCCCUCCUCUUGAAGGAUCCGUGUUAAGGGAUGGUUAAGGGAGCUCGAGUGGCUCUGAAAAUGGGCAUGGCCCAAGGGGCUCCAAAUGUUGCAAGGUCUCUAAUUAAACGCUGAACGAUCUGAA